UAUAAAGGGAAAUUGCACCUGCCUGUCCUCUGUGUUUUUGUCUCGUUUUCUACAAGGUGCAGGAAUAAAAAAUGAAGCUGUUUCACCUGAGCUGUUUGCUGCUCUCCUGCUGCUGCCUGGUUGGGGCGGUGACCCGGGAAUAUUUCAUCGGAAUUACAGAGUCUGUCUGGAAUUACGCACCCGGCAGUGCCAACGCCAUCUCCGGGCAGCUUCUGGAGGAGGAUGAGCAGGCUGAAAUCUUUCUCAAAAGAGGACCCCACAGAAUAGGAAGCACUUACAAGAAGGCCAUCUACACUCAGUACACCGAUCAUUUAUUUAAUGUGGUAGUGGAGAAACCUUCCUGGCUGGGUUUUUUAGGUCCCAUAAUUAAGGGAGAAGUUGGAGAUUCCAUUACUAUUCACUUGAAAAACUUUGCUUCCAGAAACUACACGAUGCAUCCGCACGGUGUGACAUACACAAAAGAAAAUGAAGGUGCUCUUUAUCCCGACUCCACCAAGGAUUUGCAGAARCAGGACGAUGCUGUGGAGCCUGGAGGGCAGUACACGUACACGUGGGAUGUGACCGAGGAUCAGGGUCCAGCUGAAGGAGAUGCAGACUGCAUCACCAGAGCCUAYCACUCCCACGUGGACGCUCCCAAAGACGUUUCCUCAGGCCUUGUUGGGCCUUUGAUCAUUUGCAGGAAAGAUACAAUCRAUAGGGACAGUGAUCAACACUUUGAUGCUGAAUUUAUCCUCAUGUUUUCUGUGGUGGAYGAAAAUCUCAGUUGGUAUCUAGAGGACAAUAUCAACACGUACUGUUUAGAGCCUUCCAAAGUGGACAAAGAUGAUGAGGACUUCCAGGAAAGCAAUAAAAUGCACUCCAUCAAUGGGUACAUGUAUGGAUACCUCCCAAACCUCACAAUGUGUGCGGAAGAUCAGAUCAAAUGGCAUCUUUUUGGCAUGGGCAAUGAAGCCGAUAUCCACUCAGCCUAUUUUCAUGGACAGACCUUAAUAGAAAGGCAUCAUCGAGUUGACACCAUCAGCCUCUUCCCAGCCACAUUCGUGGAUGCUGUGAUGGUACCCCAGAGCCCUGGGGAGUGGCUGCUCAGCUGCCAAGUCAAUGAUCACAUUCAAGGUGGUAUGCAGGCUCUUUUUAAAGUAGAAGAUUGUAAGAAAUCCACACCAGAUAACAAUGAGACUACAAAGAUAAGACAGUACUUCAUUGCUGCUGAAGAGAUAAUCUGGAAUUAUGGCCCAUCUGCAGUCAACCACUUUACAGGACAACAAUUAAUCGUUGACAGUGAAUCUCACAUCUUCUUUGAACAAAGUGAGACAAGAAUCGGUGGCUCCUAUAAAAAAGCCGUUUACAAAGAAUACACAGAUGCUUCUUUCACUGAACAAAAAGAAAGACUUGCAGAGGAAGAGCAUCUUGGACUCCUAGGUAAGAGAGCGAGCAUUGUCCUAACAGUCACUCCAUGUACCGAAUCCCCAGCCUCUCAUGUGAGUCCUGGCGCUACCUUUACGUACGAAUGGGAUGUGCCAGAAGAUGUGGGUCCCACAGAACAAGACCCAGACUGUUUAACCUGGCUUUACUACUCRGCUGUGGAUGCAGUCAGAGACACCAGUUCUGGCCUUGUAGGUCCUCUCCUGGUGUGCAGGAAAGGGGCUCUGCUUUCUUCCGGGAAACAGAAAAAUGUGAACGUGGAGUUUUUUCUWCUUGCCACAGUAUUUGAUGAGAAUCUGAGCUGGUACUUGGRGGAUAAUAUUUUGAUGUUUACACURAGACCAGAUAAAAUUGACAAAGAUGAUGAAGACUUCCAAGAGUCUAACAAAAUGCACUCUAUCAAUGGUUAYAUGUACGGAAAUCAGCCCGGGCUUGAGAUGUGUAAAGGAAGUGUUGUUUCCUGGCAUUUGAUGGGCUUGGGCUCAGAAGUYGAUGUCCAUGCCAUAUACUUCUCAGAAAACACAUUUGUGACUAAAGGAACGAGAAGGGACACAGCAAAUCUGUUUCCACAUACAUUUGUUACAGCUACUAUGAAGCCUGAUUCUGAAGGAGUUUUUGAAGUGUCCUGCUUGACAACAGACCACUACACUGGGGGCAUGAAACAGAACUACARAGUGAAAAAAUGCCACYGGUSGAAUGUCGAUUUAUCCAUGUAUUURCAUGAAACCAUUUACUACAUUGCUGCAGUGGAAGUCGAGUGGGACUAUUCUCCCAACAGGACGUGGGAAUUUGAACGGCAUCAGUACCACGAGGAAAGCCCUGGCAAUCCAUUUUUAAAUAAAAACGACAAAUUCAUUGGCUCAAAGUACAAAAAGGUAGUAUAUCGUGAGUACACUGAUCAGACAUUCAGYACUCUCAAAGAAAGAGCAAAGGAGCAGCAGCACCUGGAAAUUCAAGGGCCGCUGCUUAUGUCACAUGUUGGAGAUAAAAUUAUAAUAGUUUUUAAGAACUUGGCAUCAAGACCUUAYUCUAUCCAUGCCCACGGGGUGAAAACAGACAGUUCUGUUGUUGCUGUAACUAACCCAGGUGAAACAAAAACAUAUGUCUGGAAAAUCCCAGAGAGAUCCAGUCCUGAGAGGGGAGAUUCACCUUGUAUUGCAUGGGCGUACCAUUCCACAGUGGACAUGGUUAAGGACACUUACAGCGGAUUAAUAGGCACACUCAUUGUGUGUCACAGACAUUACCUGCCAUCGUUUCAUACUAAAAAGAAAGUUCAGUUUGCUCUUCUCUUUAUGGUUUUUGAUGAAAAUGAGUCAUGGUACUUGGAUGAAAACAUAAAAACCUAUACUACCAAACCACAACUUGUUGACAAAGAGGAUGAGGAAUUCCUUGAAAGUAAUAAAAUGCAUGCCAUUAAUGGAAAGGUGUUUGGAAAUUUGCACGGCCUGACUAUGCACGUUGGAGAUCGAGUCAGCUGGUACCUGGUGGGAAUGGGCAAUGAGAUAGACAUGCACACAGCACACUUCCAUGGCCACAGCUUUGACUAYAAGCAAACAGGGCUUUACCGGGCAGAUGUCUUUGACCUGUUUCCUGGAACAUUUCAAACUGUGGAAAUGACCCCGCAGAACCCUGGGACUUGGCUCUUACACUGUCACGUCACUGACCACAUCCACGCAGGCAUGGAAACAACCUACACCGUGCUUCCCAAGWAAGACUAACAGUCUCUGUUCCCAAGAUUGUUCAAUCAGUUCAAGUGUAAAGGCACGCCAGGUGCUCAAGAAUGAUGAAAGCAGUKUAACACAGUGAUUCUCCAAGGACUACCUUCAGUGAAGCAUUUCUUGGAAAAUGCUCUCUUCUGGACCACUCAUCUCUACAUGUUCUGGAAGAUUUCACAUWGUGGCCACAGCCAAGGAAAGAACCACAGCUGAAUGGAUAUAACAUCUAACAGAUGUAUUUUUCUAUAAAUAAAAACAGUAUCUUGGAAGCGAAAKAUAUUCUA